CAUUCGAGACAAACUCGUAGAGUCGUCACCAGCUAGUUGCAAUAUACUCCUGGGACCGUUACUGUUGGAUUUGGCAGGUGGUCAGAGAGGGCAGUCCAGGGGUGACUAAUGGCUUGGCACCAGGAUUCUCAGGAUCAGGAACAGGCAGGGAACUUCUGGAAGAACACAGAGCCACCUGAACUCCCAACUUCCGUUCCCACGCAGAAGAACGAAACAACAGCCACGGCAGACACGUCAAAACCGACCGAUAUAUCGCCAUGACCACUGUCAACGAAGAUGUCAAACUCACCGGCCCUGACAAUUGGAAGGCCUGGAACGAGCGAUUCAGGUCCGAGGCGGCGACUAGAGACCUUUGGGAGCUCAUUAACCCCAAGAGCUCUUCGGUUGGCGAAUUCAAGACCGCACCCAUUAAACCAGCCAUUCAGGACUACCCAAAGCGCCUUGAUCGCGCCGACGCGCCUCCCGCGCGGAGCACACGCGCAGGAAGUGCCACUUCAAGUAAUACCGUAGGGGAAUCGCAAGCCCUGACUCUCGGUCCCCCGGUAGAAGAGAUCGACAGACGAAACCCACCGCGGAACACCAGCGAGAUGACCGCCCUUGGUCGCGAUGCAUACAAGACCGACCUCUCGGAAUACCACUUCGAGUGGCGACUCUACGAAGCUGAGCGACAGAACCUCAACAGACUGACCGCGUGGAUGCGCCAAACGAUAGCUCCUCAGCUCUACGAUACCACCUGCAAGGCCGACAGAACCAUUGACCAGUGGUACGCAGCCCUCAAGGAACGCGCUGGCUCAGACGACCGCGAAGAACUCCAGCGGGCCAUGACCCGGUACAACGCCGCCAUCAUACCGUUAACUCGCAGGCCGAAAGACAUGCUGAACUGGCUCGCGAACUGGGAAACAGCUCUCUUAGGUGCACAAGAGGUCAAUCUACCUGGUUCAAGCGGCUCCCAGCUCUGGUGGUUGCAGUUCGAGUCUGCUGUCAAAGGUGCCGGAUACGAAUCCUGGUGCGAAUCGUACUACAUCAGCAACCAAGAAGCCAUCGACAACGACAAGCUCACGCUACGCAAGCUCUCGAAAGACUUCAGCAACCGCAUACACAAGGACACCAACAAUCGCCCAGG